AUGUGCCCCAAGGUGAGGCGCGGCGGGGCGAGGUGGGAUGAGGUGGGGCGAGGUGGGACGAGGUGGGUGGGGCGGAUGGGUCAGUUGGAGCUAAGGGCUAAGGGCUUGCAUGUUCUGAAAAGGGUGUGUGUGCGUGCUGCGAAAUGUCACCGAACCUUGCAUCCGUCACCUGGCUCGUGCCCUUUCACGCUUACCAUGUUCCACCCCUCUCCCAGAGCCUUGCAUCUGUCGCCUUGGCGUUGCCCUCUCACGCUUACCACGCCUCACCCCCCUCACUCUCGUGUCACAGAGCCCUGCGUCUGUCGCCUUGGCGUUGCCCUCUCACGUUUGCCUCGCCUCACCUCCCUCACACUCGCUCACAACGGACUAGAGGCUCUCCCCGAAUCUCUCUCCUCCCUCACCGCCCUCCGCCAUCUCGACCUCUCCCACAACCGCCUCUCCUCUCCGCCCUUCCACCUCACGUCCGCCCUUCCACAUCUCCAGUGA